CCUGCCCGAGGACAACCUCCACACUGAAUCCCCCAACAACAGACACCUUUACUACAACUGAACUUCAACAACAUGAUGAGGAAUCUCUGAGGGACUUUUUCUUCUUUUUUCAACCUUAUCAUAUUUGAAUCGUCCUCAACCUCAGGGAUUGUUACAGGAACAUGAGUGUGAAGAGGAAAAAGGCUGGGCUGGUCAUCAGCUGGCAAAAGUCAUUCUCCAUCCUGGCUCCUUGGAGGAAAGUGAAAGGAGACAGAGAUGCGGUACAGGACAGUGAGGUUGUCCUAACCAAAAUGAAGCUCUUCAGCAACUUCCAGGAGAGGCUCCUGAUGGCCGACGACUCCGCUUCCACCUUCUCCACAGUGUCGGUUUCAGAGCAGAACAUCUCGGACCCCACCAAAGCCUCUGAAGUGAAUUACAAUCUUGAUGACAAGUUGGGGCCAGACUACGUGGCCACCAUUUUCUCAGACUCUAAACUGCCGAGGUUGUACAAGUUUGAGUCGGAGGACUCUGGAGUAGAGCUGCCCAGUGGAGCUAACUCUCCGUCUACCCCGACAGGCUCUGAGCAGAGCUUCAUUGUCCACAGUCGUGAGUCCUCCUGCAACUCCUGCAACCUAAACUCUGACCCUACAACUCUCCCUGAUGAACUAGUUACAUAUGCACAGAGCUCUGAGAAUAAACAGGCAGAGGACUCAGUGGAUAAUAGUGUGAGCACAGCAGGGGAUACUCAGGAUAAUGUGUUCAUACACUCAGAGGAACUCAGUUCAGCUGUGAGAGCGGAACUUCACAUAGGUGAGGACGUGUCUGAACAGCUCGAGGCCAACAGUGCUGUAAGUGAAAGGACUUGCUUAGAGGACAUGAGGCAUAGGAAGCAAUCCUCAACAGGAGCCUGUGAUGACAUGACGAGCAAUGACUUUGAGCCAGAGCCUAUAAGGAGGAGUGCCACCAUUGACAGCCUGGAGGAGUACAUGGACAAAUGUUGCAGACUUAGCGAGGCACAGCAGGCAAGUUCCAACCCUCUGGGUUCAGGCCUGGGUUACCUGGAGCACAUCUGCCAACUCAUUGAGAAGAUGGGCCAGCUGCAGGAGACCAACCUCCGGCUUCAGAGGUACAUCUGCAGCCUGCAGAAGGACGGCAGGAUGUCUAAGACCAAAGAGGACUUUUUCCAGCAGCACUGCAGCUGUGGUGCAGCUGACCUGGCCACCCAGGACGUUCAGAAGAUACACUCCAGAAAUGAGUUUUUGUCUCCCAGUGGAACCCUGUCUGACCUGUCCACCAUCCAUGAGGUCACCCGGCAUCCGUUCAUAUCAACCAGUAGAGACAUGAGCAGUGAGGGUUUGACACCCGUCCCACUGUGGAGGAGAGGCUUGAACCGUAGCAGUUACACUGAGGGGGAGGUACGCUUCCUCGUGGACAGCACCGAAGCACUCUCCAUUCCCCAGCGCAGGCUAAGUGAAAACUAUACAUGGGGCCGAGUCAAAGACCUGGUGAGGAAAACUAAGUUGAGGAACCAAAGCAGGCUGGGACUGACUCCCACCCCACUGAAGAUGUCCUGCCCACAACUCUACAUGCCUGAUCUGGAACCAGAAGAACCUGCUGGCAGAAACAGGAACUCCAUGAUUGCCUUGGGUCACCAGAGCAAAUUGGAAUUCCCUUGGCUACAAUAAACACCCAGACCAGGUCCUGUUAGUCUCACAUGGAGAAGAGGAGGACGCCAUGUAGGUACAUAGAGAUGAUUCAAGACUGGAAAAUAAACCAUGAAGAAGGAAAAGAAGGGAAUGAAGAAGAAGGAAAAAACUGACGUAUUAAAGGAAAGGACUUCUGCAUCAGAGAUGUUUUUGCUGCAUGUAAGGGUGAAAAGUGUUUACGUGAAACUCAAACUGUAUAUGCGGUGUACAUGUUCGCACAAAAUUAAGAUGAGGCUUAUGUGUAAUAUGAUCUACACUGACAUAAUUUAACUGCAUUAUACAUUCUCUGUUGAUAAUAUUGACAUUUAUAUAGUUUCCAUUAGAAUGCGUCAAAAUCUGUAACAAUCCAACUAAUAUGAAACAUACACAUAUUUCAUAACUUUUUAUUGUAUAUGAUAUUGUAAAUGUUAUAAACAAUUGAGAGUCUGCUUUGUAUAGUGUGUGUGUAAUGUUGCUUAAGAGAACAACAUUACCGAAACCAAUAAAUCAAGAAUAA